CCAUGGUGACCUGCCACGGACGCUUCCCUCUGCGCGUCUGUCAGUCCCUCGAAAGCAAUGGCCGCGGCAACCCUCGUCGAGAGAGCUCCCUCACUCCCUCUCUCUAAAAUGGAGGUGGACGCGAAUCUUCUCAGCCAACUAGAGUCUGACGACGACGAUGUGGUCAAGCGUGAGGCCGGCAUCCUGGCGCUGGCGGACCAGUACAAGAAAGCUGGCCAGGCACACCAGCUGGCCCAGCUCAUCAAGGACACGCGGCCCUUCCUCUCGCAGAUCUCCAAGGCCAAGGCAGCCAAGCUGGUGCGCACCAUGGUGGACAUGUUCCUGGACCUGGAGGCCACCACGGGGCUGGAGGUGGAGGUCUGCCGCGACAACAUCGAGUGGUCUAAGCUGGAACGCCGCACCUUCCUCCGCCAAUCUCUGGAGGCGCGGCUGGUGGCACUCUUCUACGACACAGCACAGUACACGGAGGCGCUGGCGCUGGGCUCACAGCUGCUGAAGGAGCUGAAGAAGCUGGAUGACAAGAACCUGCUGGUGGAGGUGCAGCUGUGGGAGAGCAAGACCUACCACGCUCUUGGGAACCUUCCCAAGGCACGGGCCGCCCUCACCUCCGCCCGCACCACCGCCAACGGCAUCUACUGCCCCCCCAAGCUGCAGGCCACCCUAGAUCUACAGUCUGGCAUUCUGCACGCCGCAGAGGAGAAGGAUUUCAAGACUGCCUUCUCUUACUUCUAUGAGGCCUUCGAGGGUUACGACAGCAUCAGCAGUCCCAAGGCCCUCACGGCGCUGAAGUACAUGCUGCUUUCCAAGAUCAUGCUGCAGUGCCCCGAGGACGUGCACAGCAUCGUGAGCGGGAAGCUGGCGCUGCGGCACGGUGGCUCCCACGUGGACGCCAUGAAGGGCAUCGCGGCCGCCAGCAGCAAGCGCUCCUUGGCGGACUUCAAGACCACGCUGGGCAAGUACAAGGAGGAGCUGGAAGGAGACAUGAUCGUGAAGGCCCACCUUAAAACCCUCUAUGACAGCAUGCUGGAGCAGAACCUGUGCCGCAUCAUCGAGCCCUACAGCCGCGUGCAGGUGGCCUACGUCAGCCAGACCAUCGGGCUGCCGCAGGACACGGUGGAGCGCAAGCUGUCGCAGAUGAUCCUGGACUCCAAGCUGACGGGCAUCCUGGACCAAGGUGCCGGGGUGCUCAUCGUGUGGGACCCCGUGACCAAGGACAAGACCUACGAGUAUGCCCUGGACACCAUCAAGGCCAUGGAGAAGGUAGUGGAUGUCCUCUACCAGAAGGCCAAGAAGCUGACGUAAGGCUCGGCCCGAAUAGCACGCACACUUGUGACGCUCGGCCUGGGCUGCGUUGGGGCGAGGCGUCCGUGGGGCCCAGACCUCCCUCGUGAUGGUAGAUUUUCUUUAUUUUUUUGAGGAGAGUUGCGAGUGUGGAGUGAGGGUCUGGCGGCCCUGUCCCGGCCCAGCCCGGCCUCCGUGUACAUAAAGACUACUGCAUAUACGGUGUGGUGAGGGUGACGUGUUGUCUGGCAUCGGUGAGGUGCGUCCGUUCUGCCCUUUAUUCUUUGUCGCACGGUUCAAGUGGAGAUGUGGAUUGCUUUUAAGUUAUUGACUAUCAAGUUUUGUGAGGAAAAAAGGGUCAUUUUGUAUGUUGUUUGGUAAUUUAGGAGCACUAGGAGUAUAGUUGACAUCAUUAACACCACUGGAAGAAAACAAACCUGGACUCUGGAAUCAAAAAGCAAAAAAAAUAUGUUCUCUACUAAAGCUUUAUUUUUCAUGUCCUGACCUUGACUGUUGCCACUUGCUGUUGUUUACCCGAGGGGCCGCAGCAGCAGUCUGGCCCCGGCCUUAGCGCUGCCCGGCCCCGCCCCAGAGCUGUCCCGGCAGCUUUGUGCGGUGGCCCCACACACCCCACCCGGAUCAGUCAGCUUAUUCAAGGUUUGACUUACAAAUAUUUUAUAAAUUAAAAACUAUAUCAAA